UGGAUAGCAUGUACUUGUUUAACCGGUAGCCAGCUCUGUACCUAGUAUUUUAACAUAUAUAAUGUAAUGCUGCCAAGAACUAAAGUGUUUUGAGUUAGAGUAAACUAUUUUAUUUUGUCCUGAUAUAUUGAAUUGAUGGCACUAUUGAAUUGAUUUGCUAACUUCACAUAGGCUAGCAAGAUUAGCCUAUAUGUAAACAAUCGGUGUCCGACGUGCGAGCUGGCUAGCUACCUAAUGUUAGUAUAUAGUCAGAUGAAGAUCUUACAUUUUUCAGUGCAUUUAGACCAGACACAUUUUUUACUAUUUAGUUGCUAGCUAAUGUUAACGAAUACAUUUAUACGUUACCAUUUACCAUUUAGAAUGGUUGCAACGUUGCUGCCUUGUGUAUGUCUUUUUAUCAGCAUGAUUGCACAUCGGUGAAUUGCUUAUACUCUCACAUAGCUUUGGAACUGUAACGUCAGCGAUGUCAGGCUCUCUAACCGCAGAACAACAGAGGCGGAUUGAGGAAAACCGUCAGCGAGCUUUAGCGAGGAGGGCAGAGAGGCUCGCCCAACGGGAACCUGGGUCAUGCCAUCAUGAUCCCACCGCCCCUCAAAAUAUUACCUCCCAUGCACAAUCUCAUUUUUCCUCAACACGUGCUGUUGAUGCGCCGCGACCAGGACCCUCUACGGAGGCGGCUACGUACCUUGUUAAGCACGUUCGCCAGGGCCCAGAUCGGACGGUCGGUCAACUGUCGCCUGGAUCAUGGCAAAAACCAGGACGCACCCUGGCCGCCCCUGCUCCAAAACAGAUUAAAGUUAUAGAUCCACUCCCUCUACCUGUGGCACAGUUUACUUCAAAAGGAAUAAAUUCCCACUCUUCUGUGAACUUCUCCAGUUUUAAACCCCCAGAACCAAAGUCUGACGUGGCCCCAGUAAGUGCACCCCCGGCCAGUGCCAGUACUUUCUAUGGACAUGGAUCUAAAUCUGACCGGGUCCCACAGAAAAUGCCAUCCUCCACUGUUACCUCCACCAGUACUGUGCCUGUAAAGAAGCCUGCUAUCUCUGUGAGAGGAAAGUGUGUGUCUCACUCUCCUGAACGCUUCAGAGUGGAGGUGGGCUACCACACAGAGCUCAUUGCAGUGUUCAAGAACAUUCCGUCCAGGAACUAUGACCCCGCAACAAAAAUGUGGAACUUCAGCCUGGAAGACUACCGUCAGUUAAUGGAAGAGGCGGGAGGCAUCGCGUCGGUCUCCCUGCAGCCCCUGGAGGGGAUGGAGGGCCUGGACGUUUCGGCCGCCAGCCGGGGCAGCCGGGACUGCGCGGCGCUGGCUGCCCUGAUGCGGCUGUGCCAGGGCUGGCAGAAACCGGGCGCGGUCGUGCAGGGCGGCUGCUCCCUGACGUCGCGCUCCCGCUUUGAGGUGGACGUGGGAUACCACGUGGACGUCAUCGCCGCCUUCAAAAAGAUGCCCUCCAAAAAUUAUGACAUGAAGACCAGAAAAUGGAACUUUCUGUUGGAAGAUUACAAGAAGUUAAUGGAUAUUCUGACCGGGAUCCCGCAAGUGGAGGUGGAACCGCUCCCUCGCGCCGUGAUCCAGGCGUUCCCCUCCCAGUUUGAGCAGAGCCAGGCUAGCCUUUCAGAGAUCCCCGAGGCUGACCUGUCCGACGUGGACCCGGUCCUCACACGCAGCCUCAUGCCCUUCCAGAGACACGGAGUCAACUUUGCGGUGUCCAGGGAUGGCCGGCUCCUCCUGGCUGAUGACAUGGGCCUUGGGAAGACUAUACAGGCCAUCUGCAUCGCUGCGUUCUACAGGAAGGACUGGCCCUUACUGGUGGUGACGCCCUCCUCGGUUCGCUUCACUUGGGCUGAGGCGUUUCAGCGAUGGCUGCCCUCUCUGAGUCCGGAGAACAUCAACGUGGUUGUGAAGGGAAAAGACAACCUGCGGUCAGGCCAGGUCAACAUCGUCAGCUAUGACCUGCUGAGCAAAAUGGAGAAGCAGCAACCCACAAACCCUUUCAACAUGCUCAUCAUGGACGAAUCCCACUUCCUGAAGAACAUUAAGACGGCUCGCUGCAAGGCCGCUCUGCCGUUGCUUAAGGCUGCUAAGAGAGUGAUCCUGCUCACCGGCACCCCCGCCAUGUCACGACCCUCAGAGCUCUACACUCAGAUCCUGGCCGUCAAGCCCGCCUUUUUCCCCCGCUUCCACGAGUUUGGGUCUCGCUACUGUGCCGCCAAGCAGUUGCCGUGGGGAUGGGAUUACUCCGGCUCCUCUAACCUCACUGAGCUCAGGCUCCUUUUGGAGGAGUCCCUCAUGCUGCGGCGCCUGAAGAGCGAGGUCCUCUCCCAGCUCCCGGCCAAGCAGCGCAAGGUGGUCACCGUGACAACGGACGGCAUCACCGGCCGAGCCAAGGCCGCCCUGACCGCCGCGGCCAAGGAGCUCGCCCAGGGACACCAAAACAAGAAGCAGGAGAAAGAAGCUCUUUUGGUCUUCUUUAACCGAACAGCUGAGGCUAAGGUCCGUGCAAUCAACGAGUACAUCAUAGACCUGCUGGAAUGUGGACGAGAAAAGUUCCUCGUGUUCGCUCAUCACAAGCUUGUCCUGGAUAGCGUGGUCAAAGAGCUGGUGGAAAAGGGGAUCAACUACAUACGCAUCGACGGGGCCACGGCCUCCGUGGAGCGACAGUCGCUCUGCACCAAGUUCCAGUUCUCGGAGAAGAGCUGCGUGGCGGUGCUCUCCAUCACGGCGGCGAACAUGGGCCUCACGCUCCACUCGGCCUCUCUGGUGGUCUUCGCCGAGCUCUUCUGGAACCCGGGGGUGUUAAUCCAGGCGGAAGAUCGGGUGCAUCGCAUCGGACAGACCAGCAACGUGGACGUCCACUACCUGGUGGCUAAAGGGACCGCUGACGACUACCUUUGGCCCAUGAUCCAGGGGAAGAUGAAUGUGCUGGAACAGGCCGGGCUCUCCGAAUCCAACCUCUCGGAAAAUGCGGAACGUGCCAGUUUCUCCUGCAGGGACCCGCAGCAGAGGACUAUCACAGAGAUGUUCCAGAGAUCGUUCUCAGAGGACGAUGAUGAGACCGAGGCCAUCCUCCUUCAGGCUGCAGAUGAAUGGGAUGAUGCCGCAACAGGAACUUCUUCUGCUCACCCAGGAACUGUAGCCGAGAGCUCAUGCAAAAUAAACAUCAAGGACUACUUCGGCAAAUGAUUCUGCAGAUAAAAAAGGAUUGAAUCGCAAUGUUACUUCAUUAUCAGAGUUAUGAUAAUUGUUUUUAUUACCCAAAUGUCCCUGCGCAGUUCAUUUUUUGAACAAAAUAAAAUUAUUUUGCAUUUUGACAGGAA